CAUCUCUCUCUCCCUAGGUCUAGGGUUUAUACAAACUCGCGCAGUUCAGGCUCCGACUUCCUCCCCAGAAUCCCAAACACACCAUGGACUUCACGAAGAAGCGCAAAACUGAGCUGAACGGCACCGUAUCACUAUCUCCAACUUCCCAAUCGAGUUCUCUAACCUCAGAAGACGCCCGCAAGCUCCUUCAACCCUUGACCCAGGACCAGCUCAUCGACAUCCUCCAAAACGCCGUCGUUCGCCACCCCGACGUCCUCGACUCCGUCCGCUCCGUCACCGACAAAGACUCUACCCUCCGGAAACUCUUCAUCCGCGGCCUAGGCGCUGACACCACCUCCGACUCCCUCCGCUCUCUCUUCUCCGCCUUCGGCGACCUCGACGAGGCCAUCGUAAUUCCCGACAAGGCCACUGGAAAAUCCAAAGGCUACGGCUUCGUCACGUUCAAGCACGCCGACUCGGCCCUUCUCGCUCUCAAAGAACCGAGCAAGAAAAUCGAUGGUAGAGUCACUGUGACGCAAUUCGCUGCUGCCGGCUUGACGGCGUCGUUUAGCAACAGCAACUCUAACGCCGCCGAUGUCUCCGCCAGGAAGAUUUACGUGGGAAGCGUACCGUUUGAUAUCUCUUCGGAGAGACUGUUGUCGACUUUCUCGGCGUACGGAGAGAUUGAGGAAGGACCGCUAGGGUUCGAUAAGGCCACCGGAAAAUCAAAGGGGUUUGCUUUCUUUGUGUACAAGACUGAGGAGGGUGCCAGGGCUGCACUUGUUGAACCCAUAAAGAACAUCGACGGUCAUCAGGUGGCUUGCAAAUUGGCGGUGGACAACAAGAAGAGCAAACCUGGUGGGGCCCAAGCAGCUCCUGUUGAUAACUCCGGCGUCCCUCCACCGCAAUCUUCGAUGCCACCGGGGUUGUAUCAGGGCCCGCCGCCGCAUCAGCAGGGUCCAUAUUCUGGUUAUCCUGGCGGGCAUCAGCCUUUGCCUGGGCUGCCUGGUAAUAGUUUCGGUGCUAGGUAUAAUGCCAAUUUGGGAGGUGCAUAUGGUUUGCCGCCUCCAGGUGAAUUCACAGCUCGGUUGCCGCCAAGUUCUAUAGGAAUGGGGCAUGGAGGGUAUUCGGAUGGUCCGCAUUAUGGUUUAGGAGCAUCCAUGGGGCUUCCUUCUCAGCAUCAGCAGCCUCCUCCUGUACCUAGAGUCCCGCCUGGUGGACUUUACCAGGGCAUGCCACCAUACUACUGAGUACUUACUAAGGUGUUUGAGAGAAAGUGCAAUUGUUCAUAUUCAUGAUUUUUAUGUAUUGUGGGCUUUGAUGUAAGCUUUCCAUUCUGCGGGUCUCUACGUGCUGCCCAGUGAUUUGAUAGUUUGUCGUCUAUUCGAUACUACCUCACCACUAGAUGAAUAGUGCAAAGUAGCUACUUUUCUAUUUAUUGAGUUCGGAAUAGCUGUACAACUGGAACAGAUCAUAUUGUGUCUUUUUCAAUCUCUCUUAUGAACCUAUUGGUGAAGAUCCUAAAAGUGAUUCCUUUUUCCAUCACAUUCAUGCUCAGUUUGGUCUUUGUAAUGAGGGAGUUUAACCUAAAAUUUCAGGGGAAAUAUCUAUCUUCUCAGUAUAACAAAAAUAGGACACUUUAUUUUCUUUUUCAACCAUUUCUCAGUUCUGUGAUCUGUCUCCUACCACUUAUUUUAGUUAGUUUAUGUUGAAAAUAAAGUUGUUAUACAGCCUUCCACAUCAUUUCGGAUAGUUGCUAGUAUCUUUAUUGGUUAGCUUAUGUUGACUUUGUCUCUUGUAUAUCAUGUAUUAGCAAGUUGUGGGUUUUGUGAACUUGUUUACGUAUGAAAGAGUUUAUAUUGCUUUAGAAUGAGCCAUGAUGUGCAAUUAAAGUGAGUAUGAUGUCUUAGGUGUGUAAGUUAUUCUGCUGAACUGAUAUGAAAAUUAUCAUAUACAUUAAAGCGCAAGUAUCAUUCUGCCUUUCUUUCUUUUGGAAAUUCUUGUCUACUGCUUUCCCUAUUCCCUCAAUUCAAGUGAAGCAUAGAGGGAAGAUUCUUAAAAUGGUUUCCUUCCAUUUUUUUGGGUUUUCAUGCCCCACAAUCUAUAGAAAGCCUAAUGCAUCAUAUAAGUAGAAAUGGGUUUUCUUAUUUUCUCUCCCAGACGUAAUGUUGACUUGUCCUCGUAGCAUUUAUCUUUGUGUAUUUUGAGUGUGGUUGAUGUAUGAGGAAAGCCACUUCCAUAUAUUAUACAUAUUAUGCCCUGUGGUUUCUGUUGGCUUUUGUGGAUAUCAUGACUCAGGCUUACCCUUUUCUCGGCUGCUGCUAACUAAUGAACUCGGAGUUGGCUUCUCUGUUCUUUAUUGGUCCAUUCUUGUGAUGUGGAAAAACAUAUAUGGCCCUCGUGGAGGUUGGAUCCUAAUCGGUGUGACCUGCUUAGUCAUUAUAGUUUAUCCUCAUCUUGAGAUCAAUGGCCUUAUUAUGGGUGGUGCUGGAAGUGUUUAGUUUUAUGACAUUGCGUGGGAUGAAACUUUAAUGCAUGGAGUUGAAUUUGUUUUAAUGUUUUGCCAGUUAUCUUUAUGUGUAUUUCUGGAUUGCGCCAGACGAAGAAAAGAAGUAUUGAGAUUAGAUGAGUGCGAUUAGAGUUGAACAUAGAAGAUGUUGCUGUUCAUUUAUAUCCGAUCUUAAUUAUUUCUCAAAGUUGGUUGUAAUGAUACAGUUCCAGUUCUUUAUUCUCACUUGCCAUAUCUUGAGACUUGCGCAACCAAAAUCACACCCUGAUAUGUUGAUUAUUCUGCUUGAUAAAUGAAUUGAUCUUUCUAUGAUA